CUGCACAGUAACAGACCAUGGAGGCUCAUUCCACACUCCUGAAAAAACAAGCAGCUUGUGACAUCUGUACCUCGGCUUUUAAGUCUUCCUAGCUGCUAGCCGGGAGUAACAGCCACUGCUUUCAAAGGCUUCAUAAUCUGGCACGUGUGUGUGUCCCUCAGUGGAGAAAUGGCGAAGGGGAAAGCAAAAGGCCAAAAAGGGAAAAGGAUCACCUUGAAAGCUGCCAAAAAUUCCAUCAGGAUCACUUUUGAUGGAAGGCGCCGUCUUGACUUAAGCAAGAUGGGGAUCACCACCUUUCCCAAAUGCAUUCUGAAACUGGCUGAUGUUGAUGAACUUGAUCUGAGCAGAAACAUGUUAAAAAAGAUCCCAGACAGCAUACAGAAGUUCCAGAAACUGCGCUGGCUGGACCUGCACAGUAACCAGCUUGAGGAGCUGCCCGAGGCAAUAGGCAUGCUCCAGAACCUCGUCUAUCUGAACGUAAGCAACAACAAGUUGACCACCAAAAACCUGCCAGUGGAACUGAACCUCCUCAAGAACCUGCGCACUCUAAACCUUGGCUUGAACCGCCUUGACAACAUCCCCACCACCCUUGGGGCCCUGAAGGAACUUAAGGAGGUAAGUCUCUUUGACAACUUCUUGACUGCCAUCCCAACCAGUGUGACAAAGCUCCCCAAACUCAAGAAACUGAAUGUGAAGCGAAACCCUUUUCCUGAUCCUACACAAGAAGAGCAUGUUGACUCCAUAAAACGCAUAGAAACUCUUUACUUAGUGCAAGAGAAAGACCUGUGCUGUUCCUGCCUGAAGAUGUGUCAGGAUGAAAGGGACAAGCUGAACAAGUUAAAGAACAUGAUACCCAGCUCCUCAAAGAAGCCGAAUUUCCCUUCCCUCCUUACGCCCAAUUCCACUGCAAAGGAUAACCAAGAACAAUGGAGAUAAGACGCUAACAUCCCUGGUAUCUACCAAGGCACUCUGCAGACCAGUCCUGUAAAAUCCAGUCCAAGCUAAUAAACAGCUGCCCUCCUUCUGCUUCCCUUUUCCUGCAGUUCUCUUCAUUUAAAGACUUGCUCAGUUUUAGGAGCAGCAGAUCUGCGUGAUCUCUAAAACUAAACCCAAAACUAUUGAAACAGAUGUAUACUUGGGAAAAGAUGCAUCAGAAGGACUAUUCCCUAGCAUCUAGGCCUGUUCCUACAACACUUUUUGUGGUUUUCUUAGUCUCAGGUGUGGGCACACGCGUGACUAUAAAACACAGUGAACAUAUCCACUGAAGGGAUCUUCUAAAAGCUGUGUUUUUCUAGUAACUCCACUGCUACCACUGAGCUCCACACAUUAGUCUCUCAUUUUCAUAGGGUGAGACGCAACAAAACUAGUCUCAGUGAAUACCGUUGGGAGGAAAAGGAACAGACGCUCAGGACUGGCUCAGAGAAUCUCAGAUAGGUGCCAUCGGUGUAGGAACCACGAAUCAGUUCCAGUUCAUCACAGGCAGCAGUCAUAAAUGCACUCUCACGUAGGGCUGUUAGGCAUAGCAAUAACUAAGCAGUGCAAUUGCAAUGCGCAGAGCUAAACAACUGAUGCUCCUGGUUGCUAUCAAAUAUGCUAUCACUCUGCAUAAGCAAGUUCUAGGGGACUCAGGGGCACGCAGGGCACCACUGUACCUGGGUGUGGUGUUCUCUGAAGUGCACAGCAAGACCGGGACCCCUACCUGUCCUGAUAGCAUUUUCCCUGCUUCUCAGUAUUCCUUCAAAGAAGGUGAACAGGGGAAGAGGGGAAGGAGAAAAUUGCUCUUUUGAAGGUUCCUGAGCAUAUCACUGAGGCAGUGGCUUCCUGUCCCUAAUCUCCUCCUUCCAAGACCCAAGUGUCAGCUAGUGAAUUGAUGAUAUCAAGUCAAGGGUCCCCACUGUAUUUUUAGCUAUCUACUUGUACGCAUGCAUGCACAUGUGCGCACCUGAGUGUGCACAUUCACUUGCUCAAAUCACACCCCUAGAGCAGAGAGUGCUCACAGGCUGGAGACAACAAUAUACAGAUGCAAGCAACAAAUCAAAGCAGCCAAGCAUGACGCAAGAAGAGGUGCUGGCUGUGGCCGCAGCAACAUAUGGUGAUGGCAGAGAUUUAAGUGUAUUUAAAUGAAGAGCAAAAUGCCAGGGGUGAAGCACUCAGCUGUCCAGUAACAGCCCAUUAUCAUUUUUAAAUGGCUACGGCAGAGACUGGGAGUCAGAACUCCUGCGUUUUAUUCCCAGUGACCAGGAGGAAAAAUUGAUAUGGGGUUUCCCAGAAAUGCUAUUUCAUAUCAUAUGCUACACUGAACAAAUCACCUCCUCUUUCCAUAUCUCAGCUUUGUAGUUCUCAGUGCCGUGUCUGGGCAAAGACCUUAGUCUGGCCUGCCUCCUUGGCUCAGCUAGGGCAGGAAGAGCUGAGAUGUUAUGAGAGACAGGCAUUGCUCCCUAGGUGGGGAAGCAGCCCCUUGUGUUGCCCUUGAAUUCUCCUGACUCAGAAGUGGUUCCACAGCAUGCAAACAGGGACAAAGUAAACUCAUCAGGUUCUCAGUCCUUCAGUUCCCAGAGCGGAGCGUGGUAAAGGGAAGCACGUCACCCAAAACUACUGAACGUACCAGUUAGGUAUUUAGGGCAUUCAUCAGACCUCCAACUUGAAAAGAGUUAGUUAUGCAAGUAACUCAUGGUUAGCAUAGAACAUGCUCUCAGUCACAUCCCACUUGCUGGAAGAAAGCUUGCUUUUUCCUGCAGUGGUAAAUGUGAGUGACAACGAGUUGGAAUCUCUACUGCACAGAUACUAUAAACAGUGCCAAAAAGUCCGUAUGUGCGUAUCUGUCACUGUCUGCUCUAAUCACGCACUAAAGAGGCCAUUACACAGAUGCAUUAUGGAUUAACUCUCUAACCUCACCUCACUGACUGUUUCUUUCCCACACUAACCGUGUAUAUAGAGUUUGCCAAUAAAGUCAUACUGAGGAAGUAAUAAUUAGUAAUCAACUGUGUGCAGUCAGCUAUAUAACACAUUCCUCAUUUCUUCAUAUUGAGGAUGCUGUACAACAGAAUGCUUUUCAGAAUUUUGGGGAUACUUCUGAAUCUUUAAAAUAGGGGGUACAAAUAGGUAAGAGUUUCUAGAAGCUUUUUUAAAAGUA